AUGCUAUUGCUUUAUGACUAUAUUAACCUCUUGUUGCUACUCGAAUGCCUUGAGGGGUAUCACCUUGUGCAAAAAUUAGGCCAGCUUCUUCGUAUCGGCGAACACAACAGGCCUAGCUUGGACGAACAGCUCGCCGACUCAGGUUACUUUCCUGCUUAA